CUCACAACCCUGCCGGUGAAACUUUCUUUUAAGAAGGAAUCGUUGGGGGAAAGAUUUGCACGUGGUGUUUGUGCAUGUGCAUUUACUGAGGAAAUUUGUGGCGACGGAGACUGGAGUCGAGGUGAAGGGCGGAAUGUUUUCGAAUGUUAGGGUGGGAUUACUCUUCCGAGGAGUAUUGAAUCAAUGCAUUGUGUGUUGGUGUUUUGAUUUGGGCGGUUCACUCGAUUAGGGACGGCUGUUUUUAUUUUUUUGUUUUUACUCCCUCCCUGCAGGGCUGCCUUGCGAAAACGGGCAGCUUGUCCGCUUCUUUCAAUUUUGUUUUACUUUAAUAUUAUUUUCAUUUUUUUUUUUGAAGUAAAUGUUUAUUGUUAGGCUGUAGUAUGAGCUUCUUUUGGUGCCAGCAGAGGGUAGAGUAUCGCGAUUUAUGACAAAUUUCUGCUUCCGGGGAUUUCAAUUUUAUGUACUGGCUCGUUGCUGGUCGCUGAAACUUUUGGAGGGGAUUUGACAACGUUGAGAAUACAACUCUGACCUAAUUUUUUCAAUGUUAGCAUUCAAGAGUUGCGUUUUUACAGUGGCAUGGAUUUUACUCGAGAAAGGGGAUGAUGAGGAUGAAAUUGUGAAGGCGAGCAUUGCAUGAGCGACGAUGAGGGCGCCUGGUGCUGACGGUCGCAUUACCAGGAACAGGAACAGGAAGUGGCAGCUGUUAUUGCUCCUACUGUUGGACGAGGAGGAGGAAAAGCAGCAGCAGUGGGAAGAUCGGCAACAGACACUCGCAUAUCUACAAUGGCAACACCAGCAUGCUCGUCGUCGCACAUGGUUGCAGAAUUAUUACUGUCAGUUGCAAGCUCUAUAUGCGGAUCUCGAUGUCCUUGAAAGUUGUCGGUUGCGUCGUGCUCACGUAGCAGCAGCUGCGUUGGGAGCUGCAGUAUCAACGCAACAAAGCGUGCAUCGUCGAUUAUGGGUGAAAAAUAGGUCGCAAGCAUGGUGGGCAAAGUGCAAUCACCCAGGGUUUCCAGACGAGGAGUUCCAUCGAUCGUUUCGGAUGUGUCGCGCUACGUUCAAUCUCAUCUGUGAACAGCUCGCAGGAGCGGUGGCGAAGGAGAACACUAUGCUCAGGGCAGCCAUACCUGUGGAGCAGAGAGUAGCAGUGUGCAUCUGGCGGUUGGCCACAGGAGAACCCUUGCGACUUGUUUCAAAGCGCUUUGGACUUGGAAUAUCAACAUGUCACAAGAUGGUGUUAGAGGUCUGCGCAGCAAUCAAUGACGUGCUGCUUCCUAAGUAUGUGCAAUGGCCGUCAGCAGAGCGUCUGCAACAUGUGACGCGGGAAUUUGAGGCUAUGUCUGGGAUGCGGAAUGUGGUUGGGGCCCUCUACACGACGCAUAUUCCUAUUAUAGCUCCCAAGAUCAAUGUGGCUGCUUAUUUCAAUAAGCGGCAUACUGAGCACAAUCAGAAAACGUCGUACUCCAUCACUUUGCAAGGAAUGGUGGAUGCACGCGGUUCAUUCACAGAUGUGUGCAUCGGGUGGCCAGGGUCCAUGUCCGACGAACGUGUGUUUGAAAAAUCGAAUUUGUUUAGGCGUGGAAUGAGUGAAGACCUGCGUGGAAUGUGGGUACUUGGAGGGCCUGGGUAUCCGUUGCUGGAUUGGCUGUUGGUGCCGUAUGUCCAACACAACUUAACUUGGGCGCAACAUGCAUUCAACGAAAAGGUAGUGGAGGUACUACAGAUUGCCCGAAAUGCUUUCAGCCGUCUGAAAGGACGUUGGAAGUUUUUGCAACGGAGAACCGAGGUGAAGUUGCAAGAGCUGCCUGCUGUCUUGGGUGCAUGCUGUGUGCUGCACAAUAUCUGCGAGAUGCACAACGAAAUGUUUGACCCCGAGCUUCACUUCGAGGUUGUUGAUGAUGAGAUGUUGCCGGAGAACAUCAACUUUCCUAUCACAGCCCUACAGGCUCGUGACUCGAUUGCUCAUAACCUGCUUCACAACGUUCAUGCAGGUUCUUCCUUUUUGUGACUUGUAUAGGAGCAUUUUAAACGCCUGAUACAGUGCCCGAUUACGGAUCAUUAAAUCAUCUGUAUUUUACUCUCAAGGCUUGUAAUUGUGAGGAUGAUGGCACCAUAAGUGCAAUUUUAUCUGCUGUGACGAGUUCUCGUUUCCUUCUGUUUUCUUACUGUUGUAAAUUGCUCGCUUGCAUUUGCAAAUAUUUGCGGCUUGUGAUGUUUCGAUGUGGCGAUUGGUGAAGUAUCGUCCUACAACGUCAGUAAUUUCUUAUGCGCGUAUUUCGACUUCUUAAUUCCCGAAUACCCAGCCAGGUUUAUGAAUUGAUGUCGAAGGUGCCGUCGAAGAUGCCGUAUAACACAGUUGCCGGAUGGUUAUCAUGAUUCCACACGAAGCUGCAGGUUCUCUGUUACGGUCGAAAGAGGGACAGACGUACAUAUCGGUUUGGUUCACCAAGAGAAAUUAGCAGCAGCGAAUUUGACUUUCGAUACGCAGAUCCGAAUAGCAAUCCGAAGACUUGUAUUACUUGUUAUUCUACUAUGUUCUAAUCUUGUCUUUACCAGGAUAUUCUUCCGCAAUGACAUCGCCUCAAAAAAUUUGGUGCUACCUGAGCAAGUCCUUGAAGUUGCCAUUCCACGGUGCAAGUUUGGUACCUGUUUAUCUUGUACAGAGUUUAUCUCAACGAUUUGUUACGAUACGUGUGGUUACACAGAUCUGAAUCAAAUGAUUGCAAAGAAGUUUGUUCUUCAAGAGUGCCAAGAUUCUGGAGCGGAGAAUUUUUGCCUGUGGAUAAUUCAUUUCAUCAGAGUAGGUUCAGUGAUCUCCUUGUUACUGAUCAAUCAAGGGCUACCCACUUCUGGUUUUUGCUUGCAACUUUGAUAAACGCUGUUAACGAGGGCCGUUGGGUUGGAUCAUAAGCAGUAUAGUGACGUAGCAGAUGGUGCAGACAGGAAAGUUGUAUUCUCUUAUGUUUUGUAAGCAGUGCAUAGAAUUGGUUGUGUGUGAGAAUUUGCGACACUGCCAUCGUCAAAAACUACAUGGAAUUGGCUUAUUUCAUGAAGAAUGUGCACUCCAAAAGUUGGGUGCCAAGUUUUUGAGUCGUA